AUGGGAAUAUAUAUACACAAAGAUACACAGAAAAAGAAAGAAAAUGGAGUUGAAAAUGGUUUUCAGUAUUUACAGUUGUCUAGGACUUUCAAAGCGCCUGUAGAUCAAGCUGAUGAUAUCUUUACUAAUCAAAAGUUUUUGAGCAAUUGCUGUUUUAUUCUACUCUUGUCUUGCUGUUGGAACAACUCAAUAAAAGGUGAGAUGUCUGAAAAGCUAAGCAGAUGCCGGAAGGAGCUAACAGCAGCUAUUGACAGAGCAUUGGAAGAACUCUCAGUUCCUCUCCCUGAUUCCUCAGAUAGUACCACCAACCUGACCUUUGACUUCCUGACAGUGGAAGCCUUAACGGCUUCCAAUGAAGAUCUUGUUAGUCACAAGGGAGAGCCCAUUGCAUGUUUCCCUCAGCAACCAUUAUCAGAUUCUUCUGUUCCAGAAAAAGAGAAUCCUCUCAAGCCAAAUUUUACUCUACUGAUCACAACCUCCAACACUCCUUCAAAACGGGAGCCAUUGAUAAGCAAGGAAAAUACAUGCCUACACCCUCCAGUUCUCACGACUGACAGGCAGUUUCUUACUGGAAAAAUCGAUGAAAGGCCAGUGAAGCCAGACACAAGUGUAACUGCCGCUGAUAUCCCUCUAGAAUGUCCUAAAGAUCUUACAGAUAUGGAUGGAAACACAGCUGUUUGCCCAGCAGAAAAGGUGCAAAGGAAAGCAGACCUUGAUGAACUGCAGCAAAUCAGCAGGCUCUCAAGAGAACUGAUGCCUCCAGAUGAGGCUUCAGCCUUUGCCCAGGAAACAAGGAGCAGUUUCAGAAGAGUCCUGGAGAACAGCCCAGAGGAUGAAGAGAUCAUUGAAACACUGCUGGAUAUGGAAGAGGAUUACAGACUGAACAGUUCCAUCCUGCACCAGCCUUAGGUAAGCUGGUGCAAGGUGUGAACUAUUUUUGUAAAAAAAAUUGAUAAUAAAUAGUACUUCUGAACCAUGGAAACUUUGGGGAAUGCUUCUGUUUG